AUGUGGCUCCUCAACGCCACCACCAAGCAGCUCGAAUUCUUCAACGAGCAGGACAAAUACGGCCGCUACGCCAUCUUCUCCCACGUCUGGCUGAGCAAAGAUCAAGAAGUCACCUUUCAGGAUAUCGAACAUGGCACCUACGAUCACAAAGCCGGAUGGGCCAAGGUCGUCAAUGCUUGUCGCCGUGCGCUGGAGGACAAGCUGGAUUACUGCUGGAUCGACACUUGUUGCGUCGACAAGACUAGCAGUGCGGAGCUUUCCGAAGCGAUCAAUAGCAUGUAUCGUUGGUAUUAUCAGGCAAAGGUGUGCUAUGCAUAUCUACCGGAUGUGCCAGAUGUGCCAUUGCGAGAAUCGAAGUGGUUCACAAGAGGCUGGACGCUACAGGAGCUGAUCGCACCCGGUCACGUCCUAUUCUACGACGGAGCAUGGAACUUCCUCGGCAGCAAAAUCAGCAUGGUGAGAGAACUGGCCGAGAUCACACGCAUCGACGCCAAUGUCCUGCGAGACCGCGAGAAUCUCAUGUCUGUCAGCGUCGCCGCUCGGAUGGCUUGGGCGGCAGACCGUGCCACAUCGCGCGAGGAAGACCGUGCCUACUCACUGAUGGGCAUCUUCGACGUCAACAUGCCGAUGCUGUACGGAGAAGGCCGCAAAGCCUUUACUCGCCUGCAAGAGGAGAUCAUCAAGAUCUCAACAGACCACUCGAUCCUCGUCUGG